AUGUCGGACGGCGUCGUUAAGCCUCCCCAGCCCUCAGUGGUGCUGGAGGCACACGAGGUCGACACUUUCCAUGUCCCCAAAGCAUUCCACGACAAACAUCCCACCGGUACAUAUCUCAAAGAUCUGGAUGAGUACAAAAAGCUCUACGAGGAGUCAAUUCGCAGUCCCAACACCUUCUGGGCUCGCAUGGCCCGCGAGCUCCUCUCGUUCGACCGGGAUUUCCAGACCACCCACUUCGGAUCAUUCGAAAACGGCGACAACGCAUGGUUCGUCGAGGGCCAGCUGAAUGCAUCCUACAACUGCGUCGAUCGCCAUGCGCUCAAGGACCCGAACAAGGUGGCCAUCAUCUACGAGGCCGAUGAGCCGAACGAGGGCCGGAAGAUCACAUACGGCGAGCUGCUGCGCGAGGUGUCGCGGGUCGCCUGGACUCUGAAGCAGCGCGGCGUCAAAAAGGGUGACACGGUCGCCAUCUACCUGCCCAUGAUCCCCGAGGCGGUCAUUGCCUUCCUGGCCUGUUCUCGAAUUGGUGCCGUGCACUCGGUCGUGUUCGCUGGUUUCUCGUCGGAUUCGCUGCGAGACCGUGUCCUGGACGCCCAUUCCAAGGUGGUCAUCACCACCGACGAGGGCAAGCGCGGUGGCAAGGUCAUUGGCACCAAGCGCAUUGUCGACGAGGCACUCAAGCAGUGCCCCGAAGUGUCCAGCGUCUUGGUCUACAAGCGAACGGGCGCCGAGGUGCCCUGGACCGAGGGCCGCGACCUCUGGUGGCACGAGGAGGUUGAGAAAUACCCCAACUACCUGCCCCCGGAGCCUGUCAGCUCCGAGGACCCGCUGUUCCUGCUCUACACCUCGGGCUCGACUGGCAAGCCCAAGGGUGUCAUGCACACGACUGCCGGUUACCUGCUCGGUGCGGCCAUGACUGGCAAGUACGUCUUCGACAUCCACGACGACGACCGCUUCUUCUGUGGGGGCGACGUUGGCUGGAUCACCGGUCACACGUACGUUGUCUACGCUCCGCUGCUGUUGGGCUGCGCCACUGUGGUUUUUGAGAGUACUCCCGCAUACCCCAACUUCGCUCGCUACUGGGACGUGAUCGACAAGUACAACGUGACGCAGUUCUACGUGGCCCCGACUGCCCUGCGGUUAUUGAAGCGCGCUGGCGACCAGCACAUCCACCACAAGAUGAGCCAUCUGCGGAUCUUGGGUUCGGUCGGCGAGCCCAUUGCCGCGGAGGUCUGGAAGUGGUACUUUGAGUCGGUCGGCAAGGAAGAAGCACACAUCUGCGACACUUACUGGCAAACUGAGACUGGCUCCCAUGUCAUCACCCCUUUGGGUGGUGUGACUCCGACCAAGCCCGGUAGUGCCUCGAUGCCCUUCUUUGGCAUUGAGCCCGCUAUCAUUGAUCCAGUCUCGGGCGAGGAGAUCACUGGCAAUGAUGUCGAGGGUGUUCUCGCCUUCAAGCAGCCUUGGCCGAGCAUGGCCCGCACCGUCUGGGGUGCCCACAAGCGCUAUAUGGAUACCUACCUGAACGUGUAUAAGGGAUACUACUUCACUGGUGAUGGCGCUGGUCGCGAUCAUGACGGCUACUACUGGAUCCGCGGUCGUGUCGACGAUGUUGUCAACGUGUCCGGGCACCGUCUGUCGACUGCCGAGAUCGAAGCUGCUCUCCUGGAACACCCCAUGGUUGCCGAAGCCGCCGUCGUGGGUAUUGCCGACGAGUUGACCGGCCAGGCCGUCAAUGCCUUUGUCGCUCUGAAGGAGGGCAACGAAACAAAUGAGGAGGUGCGCAAGGAUCUUGUGAUGCAGGUCCGCAAAUCGAUCGGCCCGUUUGCCGCCCCCAAGGCCGUCUUUGUUGUCGACGACCUUCCCAAGACCCGCAGUGGCAAGAUCAUGCGCCGAAUCCUGCGGAAGAUCCUCAGCGGUGAGGAGGAUAGCCUUGGUGAUAUCUCGACACUGUCCGACCCAUCGGUGGUCGACAAGAUCAUCGCCACUGUCCACGAUGCCCGCCAGAAGUAA